UCUGAAGGGGGUCAGGCACAUUCAACCAGCGUGGGAAAGCAGGGGAGAGUCGGAGCUCACAGGCGAAGCGUUGCAUAUCCCGGGAUAUAUGGAAAAAGAAAGAGAAAUCUGAAAGACGGAAGAGGAGCGUGCUUUCGAGGGGUAUAUCACGCGUUUGCCUUUGUCCUAUGACCUCCCUGGAAAAAAAAAGUAGCAACAGUGCGCCCAUGCAGAUAGUUUUUGUGCUUGUGGAAUACGCCCCCCUCCCUUGGUGUAGUGUUUGCUGCUCUGAGUCUCAGAGGUGGUGGUGGUGUGUAUGUGUGUGUGCAGUCUUGAGGGAUGGGGGGUUAGAGCGUGCACAGUCCAACUACCUGUGUGGCCCCGCACGAGGACAGUGAGGGAUGUGUGUGAUGCUGUCUACUGGGAGUUUUCAUUUAAUUGAAUUUACAACUUAAAACAUCCACAACAGCAAUGUUUCCUCUGCAGUUUAUUGGACGUCAUGCCAACUUUGCGACAUUUUAUUGACAACGUAACAAGAAGGCAUUGCACGUGCCAACUCUCUCCUAGGAAGAUGUCUUUGUGAAAAAGCCUUGACUCGUCACACUCGCCCGGGAUUCCCCACAAUAUUUUCAGCUGCAGAAAAAAAACUGAAAAAUAACCAGCAACAAUGGACAAAGAAACUAUUGCUACUGACUAUGAACCUGUCGCCGAGAUAGGCGAGGGCGCUUACGGGAAAGUGUAUAAAGCGAGAGAUUUGAAGAACGGGGGACGCUUUGUAGCCUUAAAGAGAGUUCGGGUCCAAACAGAAGAAGAAGGAAUGCCUCUCUCUACCAUUCGGGAGGUGGCGGUACUGAGGCAGCUCGAGGCGUUCGAGCACCCCAAUGUUGUCAGGUUGUUUGAUGUGUGCACAGUUUCUCGGACCGACCGCGAGACCAAACUCACGCUGGUCUUUGAGCAUGUGGACCAGGACCUCACCACCUACCUGGAGAAGGCCCCUGACCCUGGCGUCCCUUCUGAAACCAUCAAGGACAUGAUGUACCAGCUGCUCCAGGGACUGGACUUCCUCCACUCGCACCGCGUGGUCCACCGAGACCUGAAGCCCCAGAACAUCCUAGUCACCAGUGGAGGACAGAUCAAACUGGCCGACUUCGGCCUGGCGCGCAUCUACAGCUUCCAGAUGGCCCUCACCUCUGUGGUUGUGACACUGUGGUACCGGGCUCCAGAGGUGCUACUCCAGUCCAGCUACGCCACGCCGGUGGACCUGUGGAGCGUCGGCUGCAUCUUCGCCGAGAUGUUCAGGAGAAGACCCCUGUUUCGUGGUAAUUCUGACGUUGAUCAACUGGGCAAGAUAUUCGAUGUUGUCGGCGUGCCUUCAGUAGAAGACUGGCCCCAGGAUGUAGCGCUGCCACAGACUGCCUUCACACCCCGACCCCCUAAGCCAAUAGAAGACCUGGUCCCAGACAUGGAUGAGCAGGGCAAGUCCCUCCUAUUGCAAUUCCUGGCCUUCAACCCGGCCAGGAGGAUUUCUGCGUUCGCCGCCCUCAGCCACCCAUACUUCCACAGCGUGGACAGCCUCAGCAGGAGUAUGUACGCCGCCCCGCCCAUCCCCAGCAACAAGCCCACCAUGGAGGAGAGGGUGGCCUGACGGGAGGGGGGGAGGAGUCGGAGGGGGACGCCCUGUUUAUAACCCCCGCCCCUUCCAAACACGCCCCUUUAUCUCCAACCUGCCCUCCCUGGUUGAAGAAGGCCUCGAAGAAGAUGCCUCGAAAAGAUAAAGGGAGAGAGUGCUAAAAGGGAGAGACGGGAGAACGUGGAAGAGAGUUAAAGAAAGAGAGAGAGAAAGAAAAUGAAAGACAUUGUCCCUCCCUGCCCCCCACCCCCACCCCCCCCCCUCCACCCCCCUUUCCAAAAAAGAAAAAAAAUGCACAACAGCUAUCAUCCUUAAAAAAAAAAAAAUGAAUGGGUUGUAAUCGCUGCUUUUUGUUUAGGAUUUGUUUCAUUUUUUGGAGAAUCGGUGUACACUUGUGCACACAAUGCGAGGAAAUGCCAGCCUCGUAGUGACUGGACUGCGCUGCUGGGUCAACGGAGGGACUCUCAUGAACAGUGUUCAAUCCACCAACGGCCUCCUCGACUUGGGGAAGGGCGCUUGAGAUGGCCCUGGCCCUGGUGGGGACCUCAUGAAGCUCUUCUGGGUCCAUGCUUACUGUGGGAGCUUAAUGUAGUGUGGGCAGAUGUACGACACACGCACACACACACACUUAAAGAACGUUUUGGGGUGACACGAAAAGCAAACAAAAACUGCCACAAACUGCCAUGUAAUGACUCAUUGCAAUCCUCUUACCCUUAUAUAUAUUGAUUUGAGUGCCACCUUUAGGCCAUACUGAGUAACUGCAGACCAGUAGCAGGAUUCUAAUGGUUUUGCACCACUGUUCAUUUUGAAUAGAGUUCAAGCUCUCCACAGAAUAAAUACAUAAAUAAGUCAGCUCUAAUGUGGGCUGCCUGGCAUUAGUGUUAAGACAAUGAGAUGAGAGCAUGGAAACUUUAGAUUUCAUAGACCUUGUUUUUUAUCAAUCAAUUGGUGCUUAUUCUUUGCUUAAAGGCAAGCCGUCAUGUGCAUUUAUCAUUAAUUAUGGCAAGUAUUUUCUAUUCUGAUAAAUGAUGCACAGGCUUAACAUUUGCAAAGGAAAGUCACACAUCAGCACUAUUCAACAACCGUACCGUACGUUCAGCGCAGGAUUAUGUCACAGAAGCUAUUCUGUAUUUAAUUUUUAACGUUAUUGACCGGUCUUACUAUAUGCUUGUUAUCAUCUAGGUAUUACUUGAUUUAUUUUUGUAUUCUUUUUUUUCUUUUUUUUUGAAGAUGCUGCAGAUUUUUUUAUUUUUUUGUCAAGCCGAUUACACCACAAGUCGAUGUUAGAUGGUCAUAGAGUCAGUGUGAGGUUAGGUCUGCAGGGGAGGCAUAACAGGUAUAGCCAUUUGGUACUGUUAAAUAUAUAUACAUAUAUGUGUAUGUAUAUAUAUUAGUGCUACUUGCGAGCUCUGUGAUAAAUAGCUUGAAGAUGCUUUAGUGAUGGUUAGAUGUAGAAUAGAGAUUGGCAAUUUGUUGUUGGAAAGUUGUUUGGAGAUGUUUAUUUUUCUUUGUACACCGAAAAACGUGGCAACGGGAAUUUUUGAUUCUGUGGGUAUCAAGCAUUGACAUGCUUUAUUUUGGAUUCCGAACGACUGAUGAAUUUACUGUGGUUUUGUUUGUUUUUUGGUAAUGAAAUGCACAAAUAUGUUUGUUGAGCAGUAUGCUAAAUUUCAUGCAGAACAGUAUCAUUCUUAACACUGGUUUACUUUUUUUUCUUCUACAGGUAGUGCUGCUAACGCACACACACACACACACACACACACACACACACACACACACACACACACACACACACACACACACACACACACACACACACACACACACACACACACACACACACACACACACACACACACACACACACAAACUCUAAAACUCUCUCAGGUUCUUGGUUUGGAUGUCUGAGCUUCUCGGACAUCGGUUUGCACAUCUAUGGAUCAUAAUUCACUGACCACAUAACUCUUUCAGGUUUUCUUUCAAGCUGACCAGCAGUCAUGUCCUUGACGGCACUCUACUGUCAUAUUUAAAGUAAAAUAAAUGUCUGAAUCAUAACUGUCGAAACGUCACAGAAAACGCCUUAUAAGAAUUUUGGUCAUCAGAUGACGGCGAAUACAAUUACCAGCCUGACAAAGCAUUGUGUGAAAUUUUUCUAUUGUCAUUGGUGCAUAUGGAUUUAAUAAAUACCACAGCUGGGUAACAUUGGCA